AUGACUAGAGCAAAGCCUUUCCCGAGGAGGGUUUUCCCAACGAUGUUCGCUACACAUCGCCAUAUACUGGUUGGAUCCGCUCCGGGGGAGCCCUGUUUUUCCAAAAACCUUCAGACCACGCAAAUGCGCCUACUUGCAAGGAUGUUGCUGCAUCCAUUCUAUGUUCUACGCGAGUUCGGCGUCCAGUUAUCCCGCUGUGUUAUCGAGAAUCUUGGAAAUAUGCGAAGUUUCUAUGGGUUUCUUCAAGAAAUACAGCUCGAUCCUGAUGAUAUAACCCAAAUUGUCGACCUCGGCUCUCUCAAACCCUUCCUCCUCCUGGCUUCAUCUAUUAUAGAAAGCAGCCUCUGUGCAUCCAUUGUCUUUGCCAUUGACAAUGUGGAGGAAAUAUGGAAUAGAAGUCAGGAGAACGGGCUCUACAGCGCCCUCUAUCAUCUAUGCGACACACAUCCGACGUUUUGCCGGGUCGCUUUUACUGGUACAGCAGACCAUGGCCUUGGUGCUCUUACACCGUUGGUCAAAAGGGUAAAGCGCGAUGCGGAAUAUCAAGAGUGCCUGAGUUGCCUAUAUUUCGAUAGGCAAUAUUCCCGUCGCGAAGAAAUCGCUGAUCCAACUCCUGGAACAACAGAAUGGAUAUGGACGCAUCCGUCGUAUCUUGCUUGUGAGCAACAAGAUUGUGGAAACCUAUGGAUUCAGGGCAAACCUGGAAGCGGUAAAUCGGUGCUUCCUAAGAGCAUACUCGACCACCAAAAUCCUAGCAAACAGACACCCCAAUCGUCCAGAAAACGAAAGUUGAAUGUGGUAGACACUCUUAUGUGUGACUGGUUCUACAGUACCCGCGGUGGCGAAAUCCUCAUGGCUCACAAAUCACUGAUGCAGUCCUUAUUGUAUCAACUGCUUCUUCAAUCGCCCCCUCUCUUCCGAUACUUCAGAAGCAUCUCUCGGCAGCACCCACCGCUGUCUAAAGAUUGGGUUACCGUGGAAUCAAUGCUUGGGCUCCUGAAGGCAAUUUCUACUACAGGGAUACGAAUGAUCUGCGUUGUGGAUGCCAUGGACGAAUCAGAGGAUGUAUAUGCCGCAGAGGAACAGAGAAGAACUGUCCUCUCUCAAUUCAGCCUCAUUGCUUCGGAAUGUUCUACAUCCAAGAUGAAGCUUUUGAUCCUGGGUCGUCCUUCGCCAGAUAUAGAAACACAUUUCUGGAGCCAUUAUCGCCGCCAUGAGAAUCUGCAGUUCAUCAUUUUCGAGCACGAGAACACAGAUGAUAUUCAGAAGAUAAUUGAAUCUGGGGUCGGCUCUGUCCGCAGAGCCAUGCAUUCGUUCACGGAUCACUACGAUAACAAUAAGUUUUCCUCUGGCCAGGGCCAUGCGAAGCAAAGGGUUGAAACACCGCAGCAGAGAAGAUCCCGUGAGCAAGAGGAGAAAGAGUGCCAGAAGAUGAAGUCCUACCUCGAAAGCCACGCCAACGGCGUAAUAUUGUGGGUGACAGUCAUUCUUUCUAUUCUAAACACAGAAGUCGAAUCACGGGCUUUCACAUUUCGCCGACUACAUGAAAAGAUGGAGAAGCUACCUAGAGCCCUGCGAUCCCUCCACGCAAGUAUUAUCCGGGAUCUCUCUUCAAAACUGGAUGGACAUGGAUGGCGCACGGCACGCAAGGCCCUGAUGUGGGUCAGUGGUGCCAACACUUUCCAUUCACUUACCGCCAUUCAAUUGCGCGAGGCACUGGCAAUACCCGAGGGGGUCUCUGAGCUUGUUGAGCAAGAUGACCCUAUCGAGCCGAACCUCAUUCCAAUCGAUGAAUGGACUGAAUUCCGCUAUCAUCUACGGAAGUUGUGUAGGCCUCUGAUCGAGAUAAUCAGACCUGCUGCACAACGAAGGGUUGUUCAGGGGGAGAAUGCAAUUGAAGUGAAGAACUUCCUGGCGGAUCCCGUGGCCUCAGAAGGCCUUUUCUUCACUGGAAAGGACGCCAUUCAAAGACUUCGAGACGAUUAGUAGACCUACAUUGCAGUUGUUCUACCGAAAUCUCAGACCCCUUACACGCCCUUCCUUUCAAAAGCAGGCACAACAUGGACUGAUAAUGCAAGCGAUAUUUUGAGUUAUAUCGGUAACCGGGUGUUGUUGUCCUUCAUCCUUGUUGCUUUUCCGGACGAGUCUUCCA